AUGAUUGGUGUUCCGGAAUAUGAACAACGAGAACUUUGGCGGCAGAAGUUUCCAACUGGAAUUGCUAUUCUUUUGUCUAUCUUUCAAAUGAUGCUCACAUUGAGCGUUGUUGGUUGUGAAAUUGUAGGUGAGUUUUUUGAAUUUCCAAUGAUGAAUGCUUUCGUCGGAUUUUGGGCAUUCCCAUUUUUUACGUGCGCAUGGAUAUCGCUUUCAGGAGCAGGAUGCUGUUGUCGAACUCGUUGUUGCGGAAUAGCAGCUCUAGUUUUUCAGUGUUUAGCAAUUCCUAUAGCCUUGUGCGUAGUCGGCUUGGAUUUUUAUUUCUUAAAUAACCCAACUCAAUGCUUUUUCUCAUCUGAUUGCUCGGCGUACUUUGGCUAUUUUAUGACCAAUUAUAAUUACCUAACAGAUAUUUCAAAUUUGCAUGCAAUCAAAGUUGCGCUAGUCAGAGGUCAAUUGGCUGCUGGUGCUUUAAUGUUUGUUUCGUGUGUGAUCUUCAUCGUUCUGUAUGCUGUGACGAGUCAUCGAGUACAAAGACGUAUCCAUGUACAACAUGGUCCACCUGCACCAGCCAUGGUUAUUACUGCAUCAAAUCAGUAUCCAUCUACAAUUAUAAAUCCAACCUAUGAACAUCCUCUAAAUGAUGUUCCUGUGAUUCAGUAUCCCAACAAUCCAACUGCUCUAAUGAACACAAUCAUCUGUCCUAAUUGCCAAACACAAUUUCAAGUAUCUGUUUAG